AUGUUGGCUCGUGCAUCAUCUGUACGUACAGACCAACAAGUAGAUAUGUUCACAGCAGGGUUAGUUGAUUUGAUUCGUCUGGAUGUGGAAUUGCACAACCCAUCUAACCUAGUACAAGCAAUGAGUUUGGCGAGAGCAUUUGAGAAGAGUGCUUCUAAUCCUUUUGUGAAAAAGUUGACUAGCGCUGAGAUGGCUGCCCGACGUGCAAAAGGAUUGUGCUACAACUGUGAUGAUCCAUAUGUUCAAGGCCAUCGGUGUAAAAAGUUAUUUUGGCUGGAAGUAGAGGAUGGAGAAUCUAGAGAAGAUGCUAUCAAAUCUUGCCUUCUUGUCAAUGCUCCUUUACUAUAUAGAGCUGCCUGUCAAGUCCCAUUCUCUGUUCUCAAGUAUGCAAUGACACUUGAUGGGAAAAUUGCUGCAAGUUCUGGUCAUGCUUCAUGGAUCAGUAGCAAAAAGUCAAGAACUCGAGUUUUUGAAAUGCGGGGUAGAAGUGAUGCUGUUAUUGUUGGAGGAAAUACUGUGCGCAAAGACAAUCCACGUUUGACGGUUAGACAUGGAGGUGACCAUCUGCCCCGGCGUAUUGUAUUAUCUCAAACUCUUGACCUUCCAGAAGAAGCACAUCUUUGGAAUGUUUCUGAGGUCCCCACUAUAGUUGCUACACAAAGAGGUGCAAGGAGAAGUUUCCAGAGAUUGCUUGCAUCCAAAGGUGUUGAAGUGGUGGAAUUUGAUAUUUUAGAUCCUAGAGAUGUUAUGGGGUACUUAUAUGAUCGUGGUUACCUCUCCGUUUUGUGGGAGUGUGGAGGGACACUGGCUGCAUCUGCUAUUUCUUCUGGGGUCAUACACAAGGUACAUGCAUUUGUUGCUCCCAAAAUUAUAGGUGGGAAAAAUGCACCGUCUCCAGUUGGGGAACUUGGAAUGGUAGAGAUGACUCAGGCUCUUGAACUAAUUGAUGUUUGCUAUGAACAGAUUGGACCCGACAUACUUGUUAGUGGGUUUCUGCAACCAGUUCCUGACCUGACACCUACUAUUCCAUCAGUACAAGAAACUUCAGCCAUUGAUCCUACCAUUUCUCCUUAUGAAUCAAGCAUCAUAUUCUUUUACAAGACAUGGGAUCCAUAUGGUGCCUUCUCAAACUUUUCGCUCCAUCCAAUUCAGAUACCUGAUGAAAAUGAAGAACUUGUCACCUGGUCCAGUGUAGAGCAUUAUUACCAGGCACAAAAGUUUGUUGGGGUAUCUGAUCCUGUAGCUAAAAGCUGUAUUGAAGAAUUAAAAUGUGCAAAGAGCCCCGAGGAAGCAGCACGGAUUGGAAGGAGAAUACAGAGGCAGCAACCUAAUCUGGUAAGACCAGACUGGGAAUCUAUCAAGAUUGACGUCAUGUACAAGGCAUUAAAAUGCAAGUUCACUACAUACCCCUAUUUAAACUCUAUGUUGCUCUCAACGGCGGGCUCUGUUCUUGUGGAGGGUUCACCACAUGAUCUAUUCUGGGGAGGAGGUCGAGACGGAGAAGGCCUUAACUAUCUUGGACGAUUGCUAAUGAAGUUGAGAUCUGAGCUCUUAGGUGACUCUUCAACAAGUCAAAAAUCUUUGCUUCCUCAAACAUCAGAAAAUAAUUAGUAGUGAUGUUUGUCAUUUCUGUCCUAACAAUGUUAGGCUAAUGUUGUAUUCUACUAAUAAAACUACGCCUAUCGACACGCGUUGAAUGUGUAUAUCGAGUUUUGUAAUACAUAUUUAUCUAACACAAUAUCAAUAUUGUUUAAAAAAAGUCGAAUAAAUAAUUAU